AUGGCUACCGAGGUCGACCACUCGAACCCCAUCACGCUCAACCGCUUCAUCCUGGCGGAGAAGGAGAUCCAGGGCAACGCCGACCUGAGCGUGCUCUUCUCGUCGAUCGAGUUGGCGUGCAAGGUCAUCGCCAGCUCAGUGCGUCGUGCCGGGUUGACUGGGCUCUACGGUCUGGACGGAUCGGAGAACGCCACGGGCGACCAAGUGAAGAAGAUGGACGUGCUGGCCAACGAGGUCUUCAUCAACUCGUUGAAGUUCUCGACCAAGAUCGAGGUCAUGGUCUCUGAAGAGGAAGUCGAGCCUGUCUGCGUGGACAACAUCUCGAGCGAAGGCACCAAGUACUGCAUCGCCUUCGACCCUCUAGACGGCUCCUCGAACAUCGACUGCAACGUCUCGACCGGCACCAUCUUCGGCAUCUACCACCGCGAUCGUGCGCUCAAGGGCGGCUACAAGGACAUCCUUCAACCCGGCAACCAGCUCGUCGCAGCGGGGUACUGCAUGUACGGCAGCUCCACUCAGCUCGUGCUCACCUGGGGCAGGGGCGUGCACUGCUUCACCCUCGAUCCAACCGUCGGAGCCUUCAUCUUGUCCAACGAGAACAUGAAGAUCCCCGAGAACCCCAAGACGAUCUACUCGGUCAACGAAGGCCACUACGCCCACUGGGACCGAGCCAGCAAGGCGUUCGUGGACGAGUGCAAGAACAAGCCGACGCCGUACAACGCCCGAUACGUCGGCAGCAUGGUCUCGGACAUCCACCGCACCAUCCUCUACGGCGGCAUCUACAUGUAUCCCGGCACGGACAAGAACAAGGAGGGCAAGCUGCGCCUCCUGUACGAGGGCAACCCCAUGUCCUUCAUCAUGGAGCAGGCCGGCGGCAUGUCCACGACCGGCACCGAGCGCGUCCUGGACUUGUGCCCCACGGACAUCCACCAGCGCUCGCCGAUCUUCCUGGGCUGCAAGCGCGACGUCCAGCGCGUGAUCGAGCUCUACAAGCAGUACGGCCAGCAGCACUAA